CGAUCAACAAAACGAAUCGGCGGAUCGAUCCACCCACCAGUGGAUAUGACAUGCAUUUUCUCCAGCUGAUUCACCACAGAACUCACACCUCCUUCUCAUCUUCCUCUUGCUUCCCCGCCCCCCCCCUCCCCAAAACCAUAAGGCGUGGUUUUUACUCGGAUGGAGGAGAUGCGAGCUCCGUCUGCUCCCGCUGGGUUCUCCCACCUGCGCCCGCGUACAUUGCGCUCUCUCUCGUGAGUGCGUGGCAUUAUUUGACUUUUUUUUUUUCGGUGGGGGAGGGAGUGUUGUUCGGUCUUCAACACGGAGGAGAGGCUCGUCUCGCGGAUACAACAAGCGGCUGCGGCGGCAGAGGAGGAGGAGGAGGAGGAGAGCGGUUGAUGCGCGGAGGACGCCCCGGCAGGAGGAUGGCUCCCGCACCGCGCCGAUCAUCCCCGUGGCUCGUCGUGCUCGCGCUCGCGCUAACGUGCGCGGGGCCGCCGCCGGCCGACUGCAGGCGGGCCAGGCAGCCGCGGUGCCCCGCGUCCUGCACAUGCACCAAAGACAACGCGCUGUGCGAGAGCGCCGGCCUCAUCCCCAGAGCCUUCCCGCCCGAUGUUAUCUCACUGUCUUUCGUCAAAUCGGAAUUCACGGAGAUCCCCACGGAGAGUUUCAUCCACAUGCCCGCCCUGCACCUCCUCCUCUUCACCACCAAUAACCUGGAGUCUAUAGACGAGGACGCUUUCCUCGGUCUUCCUCAUCUGGAAUAUCUGUUCAUCGAAAACAACCAGAUCAAUUCCAUAUCACCAUACGCAUUCCGAGGACUGAAAACCUUGGUGCAUCUGAGUCUGUCUAACAAUAAUCUUGAGACUAUUCCCAAGGACUUGUUCAAGGGCCUGGAAGCCUUGACAAAAGUAGACCUGCGAGGGAACCGGUUCACGUGCGACUGCAAGCUCAAGUGGUUGGUGGAGUGGAUCUACAGCACCAACGCCACGGUGGAUCAGAUCUCCUGCAAAGAGCCGUCGGCUUCGCAGGACAAGAGGAUCAACGACCUGCUGCCGCAGUCCUUCGACUGCAUCACCACAGAGUUUGCUUCGUACCAGUCCCUCAAGUUUGAGUCGAUAUCUGUGGAGACCUUUACCUUCGGCGAAGACCAGUAUGUCGUCUUUGCUCAGCCCUUCAUUGGCAAGUGCAGCUUCAUGGAGUGGGAUCACGUGGAGAUGGUCUUCAGGAAUUUCGAUGAUAUUGACAGCACUUCGACGGUGAUCUGCAAACCCCUGGUGAUCGACAAGCAGCUCUUCAUCAUCGUGGCCCAGCUGUUCGGCGGCUCGCACAUCUACAAGCGCGACACCUCGGCCAACAAGUUCAUCAAACUCCAAGGCAUCGACAUCCUCAAGAUCCGCAAGCCCAACGACGUGGAGACGUUCCGCAUCGACGGCGAGUCCUUCUUCGCCGUCGCCGACAGCUCCAAGGCGGGCUCCACCACCAUUUACAAGUGGAACGGCAACGGCUUUUACUCGCACCAGUCGCUCCACCCGUGGUACCGCGACACCGACGUGGAAUACGUGGAGAUCUCGGCCAAGCCUCACCUCAUCCUGUCGAGCAGUUCCCAGAGGCCCGUCAUCUACCAGUGGAACAAAGGCACCAAGCUCUUCGAGCGGCGCACCGACAUCCCCGAGAUGGAGGACGUCUACGCCGUCAAGCAUUUCCGGGUCAAGGCGGACCUCUACCUCUGCCUGACGCGCUUCAUCGGCGACUCCAAGGUGAUGCGCUGGGACGGCGCCCUCUUUCGGGAACUGCAGAUGGUGCCGUCGCGCGGCGCCAUGGCGUUCCAGCCCUUCGCCGUGGGCAGCUGGCAGUACGCCAUCCUGGGCAGCGACUACUCCUUCACUCAGGUGUACCGCUGGGAUGCCAAGAAAGGCCAGUUCGUCCACUUCCAGGAGCUCAACAUCCAAGCGCCGAGGGCCUUCUCGCCCAUCUCCAUCGACAACCGCCAGUUCCUGCUGGCCUCCAGUUUCAAAGGCAAAACGCAAAUUUACGAGCAUCUGGUCAUCGACCUGAGCAACUGAGCGCGACGAGGACGGACGGGUACACGAGAUGACCGCUGAUGCUAUCUUGAGAAAGGCGUGCAUUAUUAUACGAGGUGUUCUCCUUUCAAAGUGGGCAAAGGUAUCGGGACACGUUGGUCGAUCGUGCUCCUUUUUCAAAAAUCAGCCCAGCAGAAAAAAUAUUUCCCCCCCCCCCGCCAAAUUUGUAUUUAUUUUUUUUACAGUUGUUUUUCUUGGAGUUUCCCUUUUCCCCAAAGUGUCCCAAUACUUUUUUUCCCCACACAUUUAUAUUUUAGAGGAAUGCAUUAUUAUAUUAUGUGUUCUUCUUUCAAAGUGGGCAAAAGCAUUGGGACAUGUUGGUCAGGAGAAAAAAAAACUUUGAUUCAGACAUGCUAAAAUCAGCCCCCUUGAAAAAAAAUAUUCACUUCCCCCCCCAAAAUUUUUUUUUUAUUUUUUUUACAGUUUUUCUUGGAGUUUUCCUUUUCCCAGCGUGUCCCAAUACUUUCCCCCCCCCACACAUUUCUAUUUUACAAGAAUCCAGGUGAGGCUCAAUGCAUGCAUCUCAAGCUAGAAUCAGACUUCCUGCAUGAUCAGGCCAUCCAUGCGUCAUCGUCCACAAAUCCAGAAUGUACAUUAGAAAAUGACUUCUACCAUCAGCCAUACACGCAUUACAUUUGGACGCGCCCAUGUAUUUAUCAGCACAACGUAAUGCUCAUGUGGAACUUUUGAACCAAUCUGCCAAAAAAA